CAUGUGUCAAGAUAUAUCUAGGCUACUAUUGAUUAACUUUAUCAGCUGGUCUACUCAUUUCUGAGCCUUAUCACCCUUUAAAGGCACAGCUCUUGUCACAAUGUGGUCAACACUCGGACAGAAAGGUUCAUGGUUAUCUGCUUAUACAACUAUCACCAUUAGUGUCCUUGCUCAGCCAACCAUCUGUGAUGAAACUGACCUGAUCUCACUCAGAAAUAAACAGCACGCAACUUUCAGGGUCAACAAUACAACAAGCUUACAUCCAUCACAACAACUCAACAUUAUCUUCUCAGAAAUCAACAGAAUACACAAACAUCACAAGCCAAAAAGAAAUCAACAGCAAGAAAAAUAGUGAUACUGUGAAAAGACAUCAACACAAAGAAUAUUAUAAAGAAAUCAAUGUCUAGUUGCAAUCCAGAAGAGAUAAGGAUCCUAAAGUUGAAAAAACAGCAGAAGAUACUUCAAUACAUAUGGAUGCUACUUCAUAAUCCAUUUUCACCUUAUAUCUUCACACGGUUUCUUUCACAUUGAAAUUAGAAUGACAAUCUCCUACGAAGAACACACGACAAUUCCGAAUCCUGCAGAAGUAUGACCACCAGAAGCCAUAUUGACCAGCUUGGUGACAAAAACACUUUCCCAAGCAUGUCAUUGCUAGACUUUGACCCAAACCUUAUUGUUGGGAUGGGCUACCUGACCGUGGUUCUUUCAUAUUAUUUACGCAAGAAAAUCAUCCUGAGUGCAUAUUCCUGCUCACUUCUAGCAGCCAUACUGGUAAGCCAUCGUCUGAUUGCCUUCAUCGACUAUCGCCUGGUUCAGGCCGCCUUCAUGGUAGUGUGUACCCUGUAUCACUGGAGUUCCAUGCACAGACAGCAGCUGCCCGUCAACGGGAAAUAUGUCCUUAUUACUGGCUGUGACCGGGGUAUAGGCCAUGAGCUUGCCAAGUGCAUGGACAGAGAGGGCUACAGGGUGUUUGCAGGUUGCCUUCAGGUGAGCGGACAAGGGCCAAGGGAGCUCGUAGGCAGCUGCUCACCAAACCUCAGGACCCUACAGUUAGAUGUACAGGACAGCGCACAGAUUGCUCAGGCUGCGGAAACUGUGAGGAACUGCCUCGGAAAUGACAAUUUAUGGGCAGUGAUCAACAAUGCGGGUAUCUGUCUCAUUGGCAACAUAGAGAUCAUGUCCCUGGAGGAUAUAGAGAGACAGAUGAGGGUUAACUUCUUCGGUCCACUCAACAUGUGCAAGACCUUCCUGCCAUUUGUACGCAGAAGUCAGGGUCGCAUUGUCAAUGUGGCCAGCAAUGCAGGACUUGUGCCGGUAGCCCACAUGGGCGUAUACUGUGCCUCCAAGGCAGCCCUGGCCAUUCUCACAGAAAGUCUGCGGUAUGAGCAGAAACUCUGGGGCGUCCAUGUCUCCACUAUAGUACCAAGUGGCUACAGAACAGGAAUCCUGGCCUACGACAAGCAAUCAACAGCUGAGAGAUGGUGGAAAGUGGCUUCCCCUACAGUGAAGCAAGACUACGGCCGGGAGUGCUUCACCCCAACAUUCAAGAUGCCAAAUCACGAAUCCAAGACAACCCCAGACCUCAGCACAAUAGUUAACACUAUCCUCCGAGCCGUGUCAGAAGACAAGCCUCAGGCGUUUUACUACAGCGGCUUUCUGGCAAGGACACUGCCUUUUAUCUACACAUAUCUACCACCGGUAGUGAGAGAGCCCCUCAUGAAAGUGUUCGCCGGGUGGUUUGUGUUGAAACCAAAGGCACUGGAGCCUAAGGAGCGACUUAAUGGUCUCAUCGCGAAAGAGUCAGAUUAACUGAGCCUCAUUCUGGGAAAACUUGGAUUAAUGCAUGUGCCUAAAAUGUCGUCCCAGAUUAGCCUGUACAGUCAACACAGGCUAGUCAGGGACAACACUUUCCGCCUUAACUGGAUUUUCAUUUAGAAGAGACCUCAUAUAAAAGAAAAAUCCAAUAAAGGGGAAAGUGUCCUCCCUGAUUAGCCUGUGCAGACGGCACAAGCUAAUAUGGGACGAUAGUUUACAUGUAUGCAUUAAGCCAAGUUUUAUUUUUACAACACAGCUCAAUAAGUAAUAAUUAUAAAUAACUUUCAACAGUAUAUGGUGCCACAGUGGAACAUUUUGUAGAAAUUAAAUCUCUCUUACAUAUAGUAUUGAUGCCAUAUAUGCCUACAGCUCCUAUAUUACAGGAUAUGUAUCAAUGCCACAAAUUCAUACUACUGCUUAUACAAAAGUUUCAGUAUUUAUCUAUACAAUUUGUCUGUGAUUUUGAUAAAAAGUGCUGCAUGUAUGCAGUGAUUGUUUUGUCACUGAUGCCUUGCCAUGUUUGUAUAACCCCAAAUCCUUCCAUAUGGGCCGUGUUCUUGGAGAAGGGGGUUUAAUGAAUGUGAGUAAAGUGUCGUCCCAGAUUAGCCUGUGCAAUAUGCACAGGCUAAUCAGGGACGACACUUUCCACCUCAACUUUUUUUAUUUUUGCUAAGGGAGACUUUUUUGAAGCCAAAAAUAAAAGAAUGGAAAAUGGCGUCCCUGAUUAGCCUGUGCGGACUGCACAGGCUAAUCUGGGACGACACUUUACGCACGUGCAUUAAACCCCCUUCUCACAGAGCAUGGCUCAUAUUCAUUCAUCCACUUACUCCUGCACACAUUUGUGUUUAAGAGCACUUGAUAUUAAUAUAAGAACCACAAUUAAAACGUUAUUAUGAGUUAUAUGUAUGAUUUAAUUUUGCUUAAGUUUAUUCAGUGACUGAGUCGCAAAGGCAAUUCUAAAUAAUGAAAUUGCGUUUUAUUAGACUCAUCAACCCAAAUCAACAAAUUUCCUCAAUAACAUUAAGGCAAUAUUCUAAAGAAAGUUUAUUUUAUAAGCAUUUUGAUUCAUGACAAAGAGGACAUAACAAACAAGGUCUUUAACAUUAUGUACAAUUAUAUACAUAUAAAAAAAUUAAGUAAUACCUUAAUAUGAAAACAAUAGAGAAAAUGUCUGCAUGAAAAGUCUAAUCAAAAGAAUACCAAUUGAAUUUUGGGUAGAUCAGACCAAUGAAAUCUUCAUGCCACUAUUUCUCAACAAUAAGCCUGCUUUAAGAACAACUUGCUAGAUUGACUUAUUUUAUUGUUUAUAUAACUAUUUUAAAUCUGACAAUGUAAUUCAAAACAGCAGUUAUGUUGUUUAGUUCACUUAUGUUUUUCAAUUACACCGUGCUAUAUUGUCAAUAUGUAUAUACUGAACCAGGCAAUGCUAGCCCAUGCUUUAUGUGUGUAUUGCUAUCAGUUUUUUUGUUUAAAAAAAUGUAUUUUUUGAAUAUUUUAGUAUGUGUGUUAAAUAUUUGGGCAUUUAUAUGUCUUAAAUGUAUUGUUGUUGCUAUUUGAUGCUGUAUUUAUUAAAAAUACUUACAUAUUUAAAUUAUUUAUGAAAUAAACAUCAAGAAGGC